GGUCGGACCAGUGGUGGCCGCUGAGUGAGAAUGGGCGCUUUGUGUCGGUGGGGGAAUGCGCGGCUCCGAGUGCCCGAGGCUCGGUGAUCGGCACUUCAGCUCGGCGACCGGCAGCCCCCAUCUUGUGUGUGUUUCAUUGUGUGGCGGUGAAGGCGAGCGGUGCGAGGGAGGGAGGGGGUUGUUUUGUUGUUGUCGACCAUGGGAUUUAAGAUGGCGGCUGGGCCUGGGCUCGGGCUCGGACUCGCCGUCCCGCUGCUCUGCGCCGCUUUCAUCCUGGAGGCCGCCGCCGCCGCCACCGCCUGCCCUCCGCAGUGUUCUUGCACCGACGGACUGGUGGACUGCAGCAGGCGCCGGAUCACGGAGAUCCCUCGCCAUCUUCCCGUGUGGGUCACGCAAUUAGACUUGAGUCAUAACCGAUUCAUUUCCAUUAAAGAUGCUGCAUUUGAUGGUCUUGAUGGGCUGCUGGAAGUGAAAAUCAACCAUAAUCUACUCUCCUCAAUCCCUCAAUUAGGAGCUGCAGCAGCUAACAUUACCAUGCUGUCAUUGACACAUAACCGGCUGGCAGAGUUGAUUUUGAUGGAUCUUCAGCCAUAUAGCUCUUUGGAGACUUUAGAUCUGAGUUCAAACUUGCUUUCAGAAAUCAAAACGACUUCGUUUCCAAUAAUGCAACUGAAAAACCUACAUUUGAACAACAACGGAAUAAUGGUCCUUGAGCCAGGUUGCUUUGAUAAUCUCUCCAGCACCUUGCUGGUCCUCAAACUGAACAGAAAUAAAAUUUCUGUCAUUCAGCCAAAGAGCUUCCGGUUGCCUCAUCUUCAGUAUCUAGAACUAAAACGCAAUAGAAUCCGGAUUAUCGAGAGUCUUGCAUUUCAUGGCCUUGACUCGUUGAAGUCAUUGAAACUGCAGCGCAAUGAGAUCAAUGAACUCAAGGACGGUGCCUUUUGGGGGCUCAAUGAAAUUGAGGAGUUGGACUUGGAACACAAUAAUUUGACCGAAGUUACCAAGGGCUGGCUGUAUGGCCUCAAACUCCUGCAACAGCUGCACCUGAGCCAGAAUGCCAUUGCCAGGAUAAGUGCUGAUGCCUGGGAGUUCUGUCAGAAACUGACUGAGCUGGACAUGACCCAUAACCAGUUGACUCGUUUAGAUGAGUCUACAUUUAUGGGUUUGAAAUUGCUUGAGAAUUUGAACAUGGGAGACAACCGAGUGAGUUACAUCGCUGAUGGAGUUUUUAACGGCUUGUCUAACCUGCUCACGCUUGAUCUGAGGAAUAACGAAAUCUCAUGGGCGAUUGAGGAUUCAAAUGGUGCUUUCACUGGAUUAGACAAGUUGCAAAAUUUGAUUCUGCAGGGAAGCAAAAUAACGUCCAUCACAAAUAAAGCAUUUUCUGGACUAACAACCCUUGAAUACCUAGACUUGAGCAAUAAUGCCAUAAUGUCACUUCAAGGAAAUUCUUUUUCUCAAAUGAUACUUAAGGAAAUUGUGCUGAACACUUCCAGUCUUUUGUGCGAUUGCCAGUUGAAGUGGUUGCCUCAGUUUCUAAUCGAAAAAAAGUUUUCGCACAUGGUUACUGCCAAAUGUGCUCAUCCUGUGUGGCUAGCAGGAAAAAGCAUCUUUAAUAUUGAUGCGGAGGACUACAUUUGUGAUGAUUUCCCGAAGCCUGUGUUCACCGCCCACCCUGAAACCACUGUUGCACUGAGGGGGAUGAAUGUCAGCUUCACUUGUAUAGCUGGCAGCAGCAGUGACUCCCCCAUGGCUGCUGCGUGGAGGAAGGAUAGCGAGUUGCUGUAUGAUGCAGAAAUCCUCAACUUCUCCAGCUUGCGAGAGAAAGAUGGCGAGUUUAUUGAAUACACCACCGUGCUGCAGCUGCGGAACAUCAACUUUACAGAUGAGGGCCGCUACCAGUGUGUUGUUACAAAUUACUUUGGCUCAAAUUAUUCCAACAAGGCAAAACUUACAGUGAAAAUGGUACAACUUCCCUUGUUUAUGAAAACUCCCAUGGAUUUAACAAUUCGAACGGGAGCGAUGGCUCGGCUGGAGUGUGCUGCAGGGGGGCACCCAAUACCACAGAUUGCUUGGCAGAAAGACGGUGGGACGGACUUCCCUGCAGCACGGGAGAGGCGUAUGCACGUCAUGCCAGAGGAUGAUGUCUUCUUCAUUGCAAACGUGAAAAUUGAAGACAUGGGCAUGUACAGCUGUAUGGCACAAAACGCCGCAGGAGGCAUUUCUGCAAACGCUACGCUCACUGUCCUAGAAACUCCUUCGUUUAUGCGACCAUUGGAGGAUCGGACUGUAGCCAGAGGGGAAACUGUAGUUCUACAGUGUAUAGCUGGGGGGAGCCCGACACCACGCCUGAACUGGACCAAAGACGAUGGCCCUUUGAUUGUAACUGAGAGACAUUUCUUUGCUGCUGCCAACCAGCUUCUGAUCAUUGUGGAUGCGGGCCCAGAGGACAUUGGGAAGUACACCUGUGUGAUGUCCAACACACUCGGGACAGAGCGUGGUCACAUUUACCUCAAUGUGAUUCCAACUUCAAACUGUGACCCCAUGCAAAAAAGUUCCGUCUUUGAGGAGGAUGGCUGGACAACUAUUGGAAUAGUGAUUAUUGUUGUGGUGGUUUGUGUGGUGGGCACCUCGCUGGUAUGGGUGAUUGUUAUCUACCAUAUGCGACGCAAGAGUGAAGAUUAUAGUAUCACACACACAGAUGAAAUGAAUUUGCCUCCCGAUAUUCCAAGCUGCCUGUCUUCCCAAGGAACUCUUUCUGAGCCUCAGGAAGGCUACAGCAACUCUGAGGCAGGAAGUCACCAGCAACUCAUGGCAUCUACUGCGCAUGGCUAUAUACACAAAGGGACGGAUGGCAUUUGCUACGCAGACACUGGGAGCGAAACUGAUGCGGACAUUCUCACCACGCCACUUGCAUCUAAUCUGCAUGGGCGGAUGGGUUCCUUAUAUGCCGGCAGGAGCAAUUUCCAUCCAAGUGGGCCUCAUGAAGGGCUUGCGCAGCAGACCAACCCAGGUGGUACUUCUGGACCAUUGAUCAUUUGCUCAGACUGUUACGACAGCACCAACAUGUAUGGAAAGAACAGAGAGUACUGUCCAUAUGCAUUCCUUGGAGAGGAGGAAUCUCAUGACCAUACUCUAACCAAUGUUAUGGGACAAUUUCCAAAAGACAGCUUUACAGUACAGAAUCAGCAUGAAGGCACAGCUGUAGAUAGCCUGAUCACAGAAGCUGACGUGUCUGUUUACCUGACAAACCACGAUAGGAUAUGCAAUCCAACUAUGACUCAGCAGCAUCACAUUGACUUGUGCCCGCGGUCUUCACGAGGUUUGAACGCAGAUUCGGGUCUGCACACGUAUCCACGCUAUUUACAUCAACCUGUGAAUGUACAUGAGAAUCCACGGGCUCUCAUAGAAGGUGACGAUGAAGUGGAGGAUGGAUCUGAGCCCUCCGCAACUAGUAACAGACCAACCCAAAGAAGCUCUGAGCAGAACAUUAACAGUGAGAGGACUCGAGCCGUUCAUGCCUAUGGUGCCACCACGUAGGUCUUUAAUGCACCUCGUCAUUCAGUGCAAACGCAUUAUCAGUACUCUGAGCGACCGAGCUUUCACCCACUACCUCGAAGCACUGACACUGAGGCCAAAUGCACCAAAUAAGUGUUUAUGAUGAAGCUCAAUAUAUCUUCAUUACUGUCCACUUCUCAGACUUUAACAUUUUUUUAAGAAUCUAUGAAAGAUGUAGCGGAGGAAUUGAAAUGCAUUAUUUUGUCGAUGCUAGUUACAAAUAGUGUUAGGAACUUUUUGUGCAUCCAUGCUGAUACCUUUUUCAGGCAAAGAAAGCAACCGGAGAUACAGAAUAUUGGGCAAAUCUCUGCAAAUUGUAUGAGGAAAGUGGAAUUUGGCUUGGGUCAAAUACUUGCAGGGAUUGUAACCCUUGGUGCCAUUUUGUUUUCACAGUGGUCUUUGGUGUGACAUAUCAAUUCAUUCCUGUCAAAUGUUUCUGAUAUUAACAAACACUACUUUCAUGGCAUUGAUGCCAUUUGUCUCGGUGAUCUCCAUACUGCUUCUGGUUAUACGUGGGGAUCGUAUGUUUUGCAGUUUAUGUGAAUACUAAGUGUUGCCCACAGUAUUACUAACGUCAUUGUGACCUCCACUACAGUAUAUCGAUGUUCUAACUGACAAAAACAGUGAGUGGAUAUUUUCCUGUCCUGAUUAAUGUUGCAACAACACCAACUCUGCAGCUGACGGUCAACUUAAAUAUGUGAAAAUGUUUGCCAAUACAAUAGCAAUAAGUUACAAAGGAAGCCAAAAUAAUACUUUUUCUCUCAAGGUAUAGACGGCGACACACUUAACGUGUAUUAAGGAACUGCAGAUGCUGGUUUCCACCGAAGAUAGACUCCUGCUGAGUUACUGCAGCAUUUUGAGUCUAUCAUCGACACACUUAAUGGAUUGGCCAAUGCCAGGUUUAGUGCAGCAAAUACAAAUUCAUGAAAAUGUGGACUGUAAUGGUAUUGAAUAUACAGCUUGAAAUGUGGAUUGUGCCUUGGUAUAGUGUCAGAUUUAAGUUGGGAAAGACCUUAAGGAAUCGCAGUGCUCCAUUCACAGUAAACCAUCACAUUGUCAAUUACUGGUGUGUGGAAGAAUUAAGGAGGACACGUUUUGGUUUGGCUGUGGGGUGCAAAAUGAUGGACUCAUUCUUGAUUUGCCGCAUGAGUGAGAGUUUUGAAAAUGCAAACAUUAAUCAAGAGUUGAUGACUCCAGAUUAUUUUCAUCUGUUCAAGAUCGGAUUUGGGAUAAAAAGCACUCUUUCUGGAAGUGUGGCAAAUGUGGAAUGCUCUAGUGCUGCCCCACCUGUGCUGCUGCAUAAUCAUUGGUUCAAUAAUAAUAAAAGUACAUGAGCCAUUUUAUUUUGUUCUACGUUAAUCCCUCAUUAGGUAGCCAUUUGGAACAAACGUCCCAAGGGGGGGGG